CCAUCCCCGUGGUUUUUCGUCCACCCGUCACGCCCUCGUGCCGAUAACUAUGCCAAAUUUCUGGUGGCAUACUGACUCACUUACCGCUACCCGUUGAUGCCAUUUUCGCCUCAUUUGACCGCGUCCUCGUUGGGAAAACUGGGGUCAGCUGUGCACAGGGCCCCUGUCUCCGUGGUUACAAGACAUGCAAAACGGCAGCCCGAACGGAAUCUCCCAUCAAGAUGAACGCGUGACCCCCAACCUCGAGGGCCCUCCGACCGACCUGCCUGCGUCUGAGCCUCCGACCGAGUCGCUGAGCCGGGAUUCGAUAUCUGCCGACCUAAAAGAAGAAGACGGUAACACGACCGCAGUUGACCAGCUCGAAGAACCUCCUUCCAAAAAGCGAAAGCUCGCCGGUCCUUCCUCCGCUCGUCGCUCAACCUCCCGUCCAGCAUCUCCCCCGUGGAAAAAGGCCGGCGUCGAUGGUCCGACAUCAUUCAUCCAAGAUGGGAGGCGUAAGUCCUCUCGCGUUAACGCGAUCCCGCUCCAGUUGCAAAGCCCAUCCGAGAAGAGGAGCACGCGCGGCGCUCAGAAUAAGGUCAUAGGUCGGAAUGUCUCCGGUGCUACGAAGGGGGUCGCGUCGUCUCCGUUGUCGAUGUCCCCGCCUCAGCCGGAGCCAAAUGGGAGGUUGGCUGGUGGCAGCGCCGCAGUCAAUGGUUCCCCAAGGAACGCGACCACAAGAGGGUCGGCCAGCAGGCGCCACCAGAUCUCUCAGUCACCAGCUCCCAAGCAACCUCACACGCGGACACGAUCUUACAGCUCCGGCACGGCGCGUCGAGCGUCGAAUAUCGGCACCGCUAGCUCCACUCGCUCGCAUCGCUCCUCUAUGAACAACGUUUCGACGACCAUGGCGGAAACCGGUGAUGCCGACUAUGACAAUGCAGAUGACGAUGAUGAAUAUGGCCAGCGGGCUCCACGGCUACGGAUCAAAGUUAAAAGACCACCCAUCGGUAUCCAGCAUCCAGGUCACGUUCUAGCUCCGCGGAAGUAUGGCUCGUUCAAGGAAUGGUUGGAGAGUGACGACGGGCGAAUAAGGGAUCCAUCUGUGCUCACACCAGCUGACGCACUCGAGGAGGCUCUAAAGAGGCGCCGAAUAGCUGUGGCAGCUGAACCGGGCGGACUGUUGAGUCCAGAUGUUUGUUCUGCAUACCUGCCCGAGCAACAAGAGGAACCGCCCCAGCAGUACUCCCACCAAGACCAUUUGGUCGCGCACGCUCUGUACUUUAAGAAGCUUCUCGACCAGGAACACAGGCGUCAUCGAAAUACUGCCAAGCUAUUCGCUCAGUGGUGCGCGGACGCGUGGAGGAAGCGCAAUAAGGAUCCGGAGGACAUUCUCCGGGAACAGCAGGAAGAGAUGCGUGGGAAGCGCAAACAGCUGGCCAAGGAUCUUCAGAAAAUGUUCGACCUUGCGCGAGCGGAGGUGGACCAGAUGCGCCUGGCACGCUGGGAGGAGGAGCGGAAGGCUGAAGAUCAGCAAGCUCUGGACCGUGCUAUCAAGCAAUCCACAAUGCUUUUCGAGAAAAGACGCAUGGAGAUUCUCGGUGAAGGUGGGAGUGACGCACCCGAUACCAGUGAUGCCGAGCAGGAGGACUCGGAUGAGUUAUCGGACGGUUCGGAAGAUGAAGACAAUAUGUCGUCGACCGAUUCAGAAAGUGAAGAUGAGAAUAAUGUAGAUGAUGAUGAAGGCUUGACGGCAGAGGAACUGCGGUUGAAAUACGCUAAUUUACCCAACACCAACAAUGUUUCUGACCACGAGUCGGUCUCUGAUGCUACAGCAUUUUCCGACGAGAGUGACACCUCAGACAUUGAUCGUUCUGUGGACCGUGCUACUGCGUCCCUCGACCCAUCGGCAGAGGGGCAACCCGAGCUUGAAGAUGUGGAUCCCGUGCUUCUGGACGACAGUGAAGAUGAGUCCACUGAUAUGGAUGAUGAUAUGGGCGACACCGAUGAGGAUGAAUCUGAUGAAGUCGACUCCGACGCAGAGAGUGAUGGUCCCGGGCUAUUAGGCUUCUUCUCUUCCAAAGACAUAGCAACGAAUUAUGGCGGUUCACAGAGCGAUGCUGAUGGCGGGGAUGAUGCCAUUAUUAACGACUUGGAUACCAAACUAGCAUCGGCUGGAGAGGAUGGGGAGGAGGAGGAAGAGGAACCGGAAGAUCCUGAUGAAGUCUCCCUUGUGCCUAACGGACCGGCGUUGGAAAUGUCGAUGCUCCAAGAUGAAGAGGAAGCCGUUUCCGCGCCCGAGCCUGAUCCAUCUCCGGCGUCCCCUUCUGCCCGCGACUCAGCUGUUCAUCUAACUGCCGAUGCUGAGCCCAAGUCUGCUGUUGAUUCUGCGUCAGAACUUACUCCCGCACCUACCCCCGCCGCGGACAAGACACCUGAUGUUGAAAUGACAGAUGUCAGUUACAACGAGGACACAGUUCUGCCCGACGCAUCUGAUGCGGUGGUUGAGACUAACCCGCCUGAAGAGCAUGAACACGCCCACCACGAAGCCUACCAAAGCGGCGAGCCCUCAAGUGAAGCAUCACCAGGCACGCUUGUCACCAAACCAUCGGAGCCCGAAUCCAUCUCCUCGUACGAAACACCGGAGAAACACGCACCGCCCAGCGAAUCCCCUGCUCCUGGGUUGAAGACGCCGGUGCCGCAUCUUCUCCGAGGCACUUUGCGGGAGUACCAACAUUUCGGCCUGGAUUGGCUUGCUGGCCUGUAUACAAACCACAUCAAUGGCAUCCUGGCAGAUGAAAUGGGUCUUGGUAAAACAAUCCAAACGAUAGCGCUGUUGGCGCACUUAGCCGUGGAGCACGAGGUUUGGGGGCCGCACUUGGUCGUCGUGCCUACUAGUGUGAUUCUCAACUGGGAGAUGGAGUUUAAGAAGUGGUGCCCCGGAUUCAAAAUCAUGACCUAUUACGGAAACCAGGAGGAGCGUCGACAGAAGCGAAAGGGCUGGAUGGAUGAUACUAGCUGGAAUGUGUUGAUCACCUCUUACCAACUAGUCCUCCAGGAUCAGCAAGUGCUGAAAAGAAGAAGCUGGCACUAUAUGAUUCUUGACGAAGCACACAACAUCAAGAACUUCCGCUCGCAAAGGUGGCAGGCACUGCUCACUUUCAGAACACGAGCCCGACUCUUGCUAACCGGCACACCGCUUCAAAACAAUUUGACUGAACUAUGGUCGUUGCUAUUCUUCUUGAUGCCCUCCGAUGGUGAUGAAGAAGGAAUUGAAGGUUUCGCUGAUCUCAGGAACUUCUCGGAAUGGUUCCGACGCCCCGUGGAACAGAUCUUGGAGCAUGGCAGAGAGACAAUGGAUGAUGAAGCGAAGCGAGUGGUCACUAAGCUUCACACUGUACUCCGACCUUAUAUUCUGCGUCGUCUCAAAGCAGAUGUGGAGAAGCAGAUGCCGGCGAAGUACGAGCAUGUCGUUUAUUGCAGACUCUCAAAGCGGCAACGAUUCCUCUAUGAUGGCUUUAUGUCUCGCGCACAGACCAAGGAAACGCUUGCGUCGGGGAAUUACCUAUCCAUCAUCAACUGUUUGAUGCAACUACGGAAGGUCUGCAAUCAUCCCGAUCUCUUCGAAACUCGGCCCAUAUCUACGUCUUUCGCCAUGUCUCGCUCUGUGGUCACGGAAUACGAGAUCAAAGAUCUUCUCGUCCGUCGGCGAUUAUUGUAUGAGCAUCCACUCACUAAGCUCGACCUUGAUUUCCUCAACCUAGUGCCCAUAUCCCGAGAAGAUAUUUCUCGACGGUUGGCCGAUGACAGUAUCCGUCUUAUGGCUUAUGGUCCCUUCAACACGCUCAGGGAACGCCAGUAUCACCGUACCAACUGGCAGAUGAGCUUCGAUGGUAGCACGGUGCAGUCUACGCUAGACGCUCUGGAGAAUGAGUCCAGGAAAAGGAGGAUGGCAGAGCUGGAGAGAUGUCUCUACUUUGAGUCUAAGCGCCAUGGUCGUCGCCCGGUGUACGGAUCAAGUCUUAUCGAAUUCCUCACGGCCGACAGUAAGCAGCAGCCUACCGCCAACGGGCCGCUGCGAAAACGCUCCUUAGCUGACUGGUUGUCGAGCCAGUCGUCCGUCCUGGCAUCGAUGAUCUUGUCCAUUGAAGAACGGUCCCAAGCAAUGGACGGAUAUGUUCAGAGAUUUGCUUGCGUCACCCCUGCUGCUGUGGCGACUGGUAUCACCGAGGCCGCACUGACUCCCAUAGAGACGAGGUAUCUCACGAAGAAGGAACGGUUCCCGCCAUACGACCCUUUUCACGAAGCACAGAUGCGUCUUUCGAUCGCAUUCCCCGACAAGAGACUUUUGCAGUACGACUGCGGCAAGUUGCAAAGACUCGAUAAAUUGCUUCGGGACCUCAAAGCGGGUGGCCAUCGGGCUUUGAUCUUCACCCAGAUGACCAAGAUGCUCGAUAUUUUAGAACAAUUCCUUAACAUUCACGGACACCGGUACCUCCGACUAGACGGUACUACCAAGGUUGAGCAGCGUCAGAUCCUUACCGAUCGGUUCAACAAUGACAACCGUAUCCUUGCAUUCAUCCUGUCCAGUCGUUCUGGUGGUCUAGGUAUCAACCUCACAGGUGCUGACACCGUCAUAUUCUACGAUCUGGACUGGAACCCCGCGAUGGACAAGCAGUGCCAAGAUCGUUGCCACCGUAUCGGGCAAACACGCGACGUGCACAUCUACCGAUUCGUUUCUGAAUAUACCAUCGAAUCGAACAUCCUCCGCAAAGCUAACCAGAAGCGCAUGCUUGACGACGUCGUUAUCCAAGAGGGAGAGUUUACAACGGACUACUUCACUAAACUAGACGUCCGCGAUAUGAUCGACACGGAAGAUGUCCUCGAAGGCCACGACGAAGCCAGCGCAGCCAUGGAUCGGGUCCUCGAGAAUCGUGUCGCAGCCAGUGCACGUGUCUUCGAACAAGCCGAAGACAAAGAAGACAUUGAUGCUGCCAAGAAUGCCCAAAAGGAAUUGGAGCACGCGGACGACGGCGACUUCGACGACCGCACACCUGGCCAAACCCAGGCCGGCACACCACUGGCGACAGGGCCCACGACGGGGCCCGAUGAAUCAACAACAGCGGGCACUACUCCCGGUCCGCAAUUGCUCACCUCCCCGCAGGUGCAUGCGGUUGACGAACCUGUUGACGUCGAGAUCCAACCUGGCCAUAUCGAUAAUUACCUAUUACGGUUUAUGGAGUGGAAUAUGAAGGACGAACCACUUGUCUUACCGGCAGAUAAGAGCAAGAAGAAGUCCAAGAAAGGCAAGGAGCAUCGGCUCCGUAAAAGGCGUCGUUGAUAUGAAUAAAUGGAACAAGACAGAAUUCAUGCGGCACGCGAUUGGAAUGGAUUGAAUCGGUGGAAUGAAUGUAUUGAGAGGCUAACGAAUGGACGAUCGAUCAGGACUGUUCGACGUCUCUAUGUAAUUGUAUUCGCAUGAUGAUAUUUUCCUCUGCUUGAAAUCUCUCUUCUUUAUAUAUUUCCUUGCCCCUGGGUUUAAUUUUCUUCUAUCUGUCCAGUGCACGCAUUGGGAUUACUACCUUAUUUACUUUUCUUUUUCUCCCUUCUAUUUUCUUUUUCCCUCUUACACCUCGAUAGUACAAGGUGAUGGAAAGAAUCAUUCGACUGAUGAUUAGCGGGCGUUUUGCUUUGAGGAAGUAUGUCUGGUGACGAUAAAAUCACCGUUCUACCUAUCCUAUUUUCCAGAAAG